GAACCGGUCUGGUCAAAACACCAAAUGACCCAACCCAUUAGGGCCCGUGACCCGUACCGAUUGAAACCAUUUACCAUAUGCCUCCUGAUUCCCGCGAGGAAUUGCUGAGGGACGAGGACUGCCAUAGUUGCCACCUGUUCAAUCUUCACAAUUUUCGUAAGUUUGGAUUAGCUCGUACAUUAUAUAACUGAAGAAGCUUCCUAAUAUCUGCGCGAUCUCCUUAAGAGCUGUCCAGUCGUCUGUGUCUCAUUAUUUUUCGGUAAUUUAUCAAAAAUGGAGCCUCAUUCACCACCAUCUUCGACAUAUCUAGGGUUUUCAGUCCUUCCGAUAUCGAUACUUUCGAUUCUCGUCGGAGGUAUACUCGUUUUUCUUCUAUUCAGUGAUUACUUUCGCAGGAAAAGAUCUGAAGUUCAAACUAUUGCGAAAACUGAAGCGAGUACAAUUAAGAAACCUCAGAAGGCUCCGCAGCAAAUCUCGAAGAAAUCACAAGCGAAAUCUCACUCCCACGCCUCUGAAAAGGAUAAAAUAAAACGACAUCAUUCUUUGGAUAUAAAUACUUUGAAAGGUCACGGGGAUGCAGUCACGGCUCUCUGUUUCUCAUCCGACGGUCGGAAUCUGGCAACAG